GCGAUACAAGUAGAAUUGUUGGAACCUUUGGAUAUAUGUCUCCUGAAUAUAUGAUGUAUGGACACUUCUCAGUCAAGUCCGAUGUUUUCAGCUUUGGCGUCUUAGUCUUGGAAAUCAUUAGUGGCCAAAAGAACAGUAGUUUUUGUAAUGGAGAAGAGGGGGAGAACCUUCUAACUUAUGCAUGGAGAAAUUGGAAAAAAGGGACAGCUUUAAAUAUGAUAGAUCACACUUUGAGGGGUCAUUCCAGUAGUGAAAUUAUGAGGUGUAUUCAUGUUGGAUUACUAUGUGUUCAAGAAAAUGAAGCUGAUAGACCAACCGUGACUUCAGUUGUUCUAAUGCUAACUAGCAACUCUGUCUCUCUGUCAGUGCCGUCAAAACCUGCAUUCUUUAUGCCCAGCGUUGUGGAACAGGAUAAAUCUGAAGUCACUGUGCCGGGUCAAUCAAAAAGCAAUUCUGUCCAAUAUUCAGUGAAUGAAGCUUCAAUCACUGAGCUGGAUCCCNGC